GAUUCCAUCACCAUCACCUCAUCUCGCCGGCGAAGUCACCACACAACCGAAUUCGUAGCUAGGGUAGCGGCGGAUCUUCGCCGGCGAAGAUGGUGUGCAUCCGGCAGGCGACGAUCGACGACCUGCUGGCGAUGCAGGCGUGCAACCUGAUGUGCCUGCCGGAGAACUACCAGAUGAAGUACUACUUCUACCACAUGCUCUCGUGGCCGCAGCUGCUGUUCGUCGCCGAGGACUACGGCGGCCGCAUCGUCGGCUACGUGCUGGCCAAGAUGGAGGAGGACCCCUCGGAGCCCUGCCACGGCCACAUCACCUCCCUCGCCGUGCUCCGCUCCCACCGCAAGCUCGGCCUCGCCACCAAGCUCAUGUCCGCCGCCCAGGCCUCCAUGGACCAGGUCUUCGGCGCCGAGUACGUCUCCCUCCACGUCCGCCGCUCCAACCGGGCCGCCUUCAACCUCUACACCUCCACCCUCGGCUACCAGAUCCACGACAUCGAGGCCAAGUACUACGCCGACGGGGAGGACGCCUACGACAUGCGCAAGAUGCUAAGGCAGCCCCAGCCCAAGAAGCACCACCACCACCAUCACCACGGCGCCGGCGGCUGCUGCUCGCACGACGCCCCUCCUGCGGCGGCUGGGUCGUCCCCGACCUCUGCUUCGCCGGAGAAGAAGGCCGAGACAUGAGAUGAAGAAGUUAUCUCAUUCUCAUGCAAGGAACUGAGGAGGCUACUGGAUUUGACCACGCAUUUGGAUAUGCUUGCUCCUUUUGGAUGAAAAAGGAUUGUAGCCUCUUAGUUCCUUAGAUAACAGAUACUGUGAUUAUGUAGACUUGCCUGAUCUGAUUCCAGACCUUGGCCAGAGUGCUUGUAAUUCUUAUGAGAGAAAAUGACAUGCACAUAUUUGUAGUACUUUGCAUCGUUGUUGUGUCUGAAGCUUUGUGAGCAAUACAAAUCAUUCCUGAAGUUUCACAGGAAGCGUAAUAAAAUUUGUUUCGA